GACAGCUGUACGUACGAGCGCGCGCGGGACAAAAACUGUUUGCAUUCAAGUAUACAUAUAUAGAUAUAUAAGUAAUUUAUAUAAUUUUUUUUUAUUAAAAAAUACGCGUUGUAAAAGUGUGUAUUCAAAAGUCGUAAAAAGCGAAAUAUUUCCAAAAAGUUGUGUGAAAUUUCGCACGAGCACCGUUAACCUCAGUUUUGCGCGCAGCCGGCAGCACAAUUUACUGUUGGUCGAAAGUGCGGUCGCUCAACGCCGGUGCAACGCUUCUGCCACCGGGGCAAAACAGCAAACUCGCAGCAGCCGGUGACCAGCUGCAACAACAACAAGCUGAGCUUACAACACUGUACAGUUGUGGCUCAAAGCAAGACGGCUACUAAAAAUAGUAAAGGAAAGUUUAAAUAGUGCUUUCCUAAAAAGCGGCGCAAGAAGACUCGCGGCAAAAAGCAGUGCAAUCAAACGUGUGCAAAUAAGUGGUGCAGAGAACAUACAAAGGAAAUAGCGGAAAUAAGAAAAAACGCCGCCGAAAUUGUUGACUAUGGCGUCAGAGUUGCCACAGCUUCUUUAGGCAACGUGCCACAGCUGUGCAACAACACAAAAUAACAAAAAAGUAACAAAAAAGUAUAUGUGAAAUUAUUGGCGGAAAUGAAGCAUGCAACUUGUGUCCAUUGCUGGCGUUGCCUGAUGGAAACAGUCAUACAGCAGUCAAUAGCCGACAGCCAACAACGUACGCUGCGACACAGACGAGACUAUCAGUAGCAGCUGCAGCAUCAAGUGCCACGACAGCUUAGCUCAUCCGCUCUUCAACGCCACCUCGGUCACACUUGGCGCCACAGCUACUGCCUUGCCAUCGCCUGUGCAACGUCCAAGCGCCACCGACAACAGCCAGCCAGCAGCGCGCCACAUCAAAGUGUCGAGGAAGCAAGUAGAGGAAAUUAAAAUUUGCAUGUGAAAGGAGCCGAGUCCUUGCAUUGCCUGGCAUUCGCUUUCAACGCUGGCUGAGCUUUCGGCGCACAGCGCUUAAAACGUGUGGAUUUGUGCCGAUUGCCAAGGCGCAAAAAAUCAAGCCGAGCAUUUCGCACUCACAACGGAGGCGGUCGUCUGGCUUUAGUGCGUUUUUUAUGUGUGUGUAGUGCCACUGCGUUGAGCAAAAAAUAUACGCCAUAAGCGAAGGCGCAGUGGCUUUCGAAGUGGAAAAAAUUGUGUAAACAACAACAAGUACAAAUAGAAGGAUAAAACACUUUGCGCAAAUCAACACCAUUGCUAACUGCAAUUUCAAUUUCUGUGCGGCGCCGCAACGCCGACGUAAGCAAUCUUGUUUGCCCUGCAGCCAACGGAGGCGCGGAAAGUGUUAAGUGAAAAUUGAGGAGUGAGAAGUGUUGGACGCGAAGUGAUAAGUGAAUAGUGCUUUCUAUUUUCGCUUUCUCGCAAAAAAACGGAUUUAGUACGCGUGUGUGCGUGAGUGUUUUUUAACGGUAAAUACAAAGCACGUGCACGCCUAGACCGCGUAGUAGACGACGCUGUUUGUGGCAUUAAAUACGCAGUCGCUCACAAAUGCGGCAGCCGUGUGGCUAGUUGAAUGGACAAAGCAAGCUUGGUGCCCCGCUGCCACCCACAGUCUUACGUGUGGCAAGCAAAUGUCAUUACGCUUCGUGGUUGUUGAGUGUCACUGUCACUGCCACAAAAGAUAACAACGCCAGCUAGCAAGCAAUAACAACAUAAAACCAGCAACAGAGUGGCACGCACGAACUGCAACAGUGGUACAUGCCACAUGCCACAUGAACACAUGAACGCAUGCCAGCAUUUAUCCGUACCAGCUUCAGCUUAGACUUUUUGCAUAACAAUCAACCGAGCGAGCAAUCGAACGUGCACGCGUGCAGGCCAUGCCACAUGCGGCAUGCAGCUGCCACUGCUGAAGCAGCAACUAUUACUCAACUCUAAUACCAAGUGCUACUUGUAGUGGCAUCCAUAUAGCCGCCGUUAUUGGCAGAACCCACCGCAUCGUUAGCGUGCAGCGCCGACUGCAGCACAAGCAACAGCAUGCCGUCACCGACGUCCGCCUCGGCGCCUUCGUGCGCCUCUGGCUUUAUCGCUUAUUCAGCAAUCGUUUUGCUUUGCACUUCCGGAAUCAAAGCCAGUUGGGAGGAAUGGUGGACAUAUGAUGGCAUAUCCGGACCAAGUUUUUGGGGCCUUAUCAAUCCACAAUGGAAUAUGUGCAACAAAGGUCGACGCCAGUCACCUAUAGACAUAGUGCCCGACAAAUUACUCUUCGAUCCAUAUUUGCGGCCAUUGCACAUCGAUAAGCACAAGGUUUCCGGUACACUACACAACACAGGUCAAUCGCUCGUCUUCCGCGUCGACAAGGACACAAAGCAGCCUGUGAACAUCACUGGCGGCCCACUUGCCUAUCGCUAUCAAUUUGAGGAGAUUUACAUACACUACGGCACUGAGAACAGUCGGGGGUCAGAGCACUACAUACAAGGUUACAGUUUCCCCGGCGAGAUACAAAUCUACGGCUUUAACAAGGAACUCUAUCACAAUAUGUCCGAGGCGCAGCACAAGUCACAGGGCAUUGUGGCGCUCUCGCUCAUGGUGCAAAUUGGGGACACGCCAAACCCCGAACUGCGAAUUAUUACCACCACUUUCAACAAGGUUUUGUACCGAGGGUUUUCCACACCCAUCAGGCACAUAUCAGUGCGAUCACUGUUGCCAAAUACGGAUCACUACAUCACCUACGAAGGAUCCACAACGCAUCCUGGCUGCUGGGAGAGCACCGUUUGGAUAAUUGCAAACAAACCCAUUUAUAUCACAAAGCAAGAGUUGUACCAACUCCGACGACUGAUGCAAGGCUCCGAGAGUACACCGAAAGCGCCACUAGGCAAUAAUGCGCGUCCCGUGCAAGGACUACACCAUAGAACCGUAAGGACAAAUAUAGACUUUAAGCGUAAUAAGAAUCAAAACUCGUGUCCGACCAUGUACAAGGACAUGUAUUACCGAGCGAAUCGCUGGUCUCCGGACACCGGCUUAUUGAUUCGUUGACCCAACACAGGGCACAUGCAAAUAAAUUACAAUAAUAUUAAUAAUAAUAACAAUACUGGUAAUGGUAAUGGUAAUCAUAACGUUAGUAACUGUAAUAGUAUUGGUGACAUGCGCAUACACUACAUUUGCGAUAAGUGUAAAGGCAACGGUAAUAAACACUACGACACGCAUGCGUACAACAACAGCAGUAACUGUGAAAAUAACAACAACAACAACACCAACAGCGGCAUCAGCAUUGGGGCGUUGAGAGAUUGCCGUUGUAUGCCGAAUAAUUAUGAACGCAGCAUUUGUGGUCAGAAUUGCAGCUGCAACAACACCAGCAACACGGCAACAAGUGACAACUUUAAUUGUGGCAACAAUGGCACACGACAAACAACAGCAAUAUGCUCGAGCGCUGCGGCGAGUGUCGGCAAUUUGCGUGCAGCAAUAAAUGUGCGCGAUAAUAAUCGAAUUCGUUAUAACGGCCACCGUGCGGGGCGCGGCAAUCGCGAAGAUAGCCGCAGUGCCGCGGCGAAUGCGCCAAUGCGGCAGCUGCAACUGUUGCUGCCAAUUUCAGCGCUGCCCAGCGCGCGCUCCAACUUCGCGCUUUUCCACGCUUAAUUUCGCACAUUUGUCAUUAUUAUGCCGAUACGCACACAAAUGCAGUUCUUCGCACACGCGAUGCAUGCCUCGUGUGGAGCAUAUUUAAAAUAUUCGCUGCUUUUCGUUAUUAAAUUAAAUUGUAAUUCGAUUCAGUUUGGCAACACUAUGUAAAAAAAAUAAAAUAAUUAACAAAUUACAUACAUAUGUACAUACAUACGAAAAUGUGUGGCAUCAGGUAUACUACGCGCAACUCGAAAGCUUCAUGCAUUUAAUGUGCGAACGAAAUGCAAAUGAAUCAAUACUAACGGUUUAUCUGCAUACCCAGCAACAUUUGUGCACAUGUGUGUGCGCAUUUGAGCCAUUGUAUGGGUACACCUAUACUCCAACACAGAAAAUAUACAAUAAUUGUAGCUAAAUAGAACUCAUAAUAAUGAAUUAAUAUGCAAACUGUAUGGGCGGACAAUAACUACAAAAUAACUAGCAAAAAUUAAUUAAUGGACACCGUAAAUACAUAUACAUACACACGUGCAUAUAUAGUUACUUACGAAGUAUAAGCAAACAAAGCAAACCAAACAAAACCAAAUAAAAACUCUCCAGCAAACCGAACUCUACGCAUACUUAUAUACUCAAUAAAUCUACUCAUUAGUCAGAACUAUAAUUAUGUAUAAUUAACCGCUUCUGCUUGACUCAUACUCACUAUCACCCAUACAGCAACGAUAAUGCAAGGUAAAGCAUGAAUUAAUGUAUCCAUUUUAUAGCCCUAAUGUAACUAGUUUGUGAGUAGUGUUACCGUUAUUUCGAAAUCUGCUUUAUUUCUCUUUUAGAACAACAUAAAAGCGCUGGCGAAAAAAAAUAUCCGCGAAAAUCCAAACAAGUUCUUAAUUGUGGGAUUCAGAUAGGUAGACAGCGACAACUCGAGAAUUCAGUGACUAAAAAUAAGAAGUGUGCUAUGUCACAGCAUUCUCUACAUCAUCGAUAACUGCAGGCUAAAUGUAAAUAUUUUCAAGAUGAUGAAACCAUUCUUCACUCUAACCGCUAACCAGUUUUCUCUAUUAAAAGUAGCCAAGCAGAACGCAUAUUUCAAAAGUUAGUGUCAUGAUGUUGUUGCUAUGUAGACUUGCUUUAGUAUAUUUUGGUUCUAUAUUACUGUCACUUUAACGGAUGUUCGAUUUGUAAACUCAAAUUUGAAAAGUUAUUCGAUUCUCCUGCAGUAUUCGAAUCGAAUACAGAAGAUAUUUUCUGGUGACUUUCUAAUUUUCUUCGUAAAGCUUCCUAGCGGAUUAGUACUGUAUAAUAGCAAAACCUUUGUCUCAUCUAACAUUUUCCCAUACAAAAGGUUAAAAUUCUCAAGUUUAUUGUAUUCCCGAAUACAGAUUUUUCCACGAAAGAACUCAAAUUCUAUUCUCAAGAUGUUUGUUGAAAUUCAACCCUUAACUUAGAGAAAAAGUAUUUACUUUAAAGCAAGCUGAUAGUUCCUAUUAAUUUUAGAGGUUUAUAGUAAUGAACCUUAAACUUCUCAAAAAUAUCGGCGACUACUAAGAUGAUGGGAACAGAAUUGAGGUGGGCUCCAACAACAUAAAGAAGCUGCUCCGCAUGGAGGAGAGACCCAGAGACAAAUUUCGUCUACUAAUCGCAUUCUAUACAGGGAACUGCAGGCUCAAAAAGCACUUGUCCAAUAUAGGCAUGGUCUUUUGUGCAAAAUGCCAGUUUUGCGACAUGAAACCACAAACUACUGAGCAUCUGCAUAAAGGGUUGUACAGUAUUAUGUAGAUGCAGGCUCAAAGUCUUUGAAUUCAUUUAUCUGGAUAAGGAUCACAUCAUCUCAAUAGCGCACAGAAAGUUCCUGGAAUUCAUCAGAGUGCUAGGCCAUUGUGCAUAUAAAGGGUGAUCCAUUUUGAAGCUGGAGAACAUUCUUUGGCAUUAAUUUUUGAAGAUUAUCGCUUUCAAAUGUUGGCAGCGGCUACCUACCAGCGGCUCGCUCGAACAUUUCGACUGGUGAUCGACCGUCAAAAAACGUGAAAUUAUUUGCUCACUGAAGUAUUCUCUCAACA